AUGAAGGUCUCACUCGCGAUCCUGACGACGCUGUGCGCGUCACUCGCCUCCGCAGGCGUGGUCAUCACCCCCGUCCGUCAAAAUCAGAUUGUGCCUGCGGCACAAAAGGUCUCGGGCGACUGCUUCUUCGGCGUUGUGACGCCUCAAGGUUGCGCUCCUUUGAGAACGUGA